AACCACCUACCUGGACAAACAUACUCAUAAAUUUUUGCUCCCCCGAAUUUUUGCUCCCCCGAAAGACCACUCGCAACUAAUUCCCAGAUCAAAAUGUCGGGUUUCUUCAAGAAGCUCAACACCCUAAAGGCCUCGCUCGAAAGCCACCUCGACGGGCCAUCCCGCCAACCCUCUCCCGCCUACUGGAUCGCGAGCUUCAGCCCCAACCACCCCGUCACCGAGAUAUUCAGGCGCGAAACGGGAGACCAUGGCUGGGGCAACGCUGAGCUUGAGAACUACACCGACUCCGACCGUAACUCGUUCUUCCGGCCGACCGGGAAUGGCGGUCACAGUCUUGUGCUCAAGGCAAUUGCAGAGGGGGACUCGCUCACCAGCGCGAGGCUGACGAGUUAUGUGACGCUAGGCCGCGAUCGAGGAUACCUUUCUGCGCGGAUCACUGCUCCCUCAGCUCGAGGUAUAUGGCCGGCAUUCUGGCUGCUGCCCAGCGAGCCGUUUAGCUGGCCCACGGAUGGCGAAGUUGACAUCAUGGAGUCAUGGAAUGGCGAUCGUGUGAAUCAUUCCUGUUUGCACUGGGGCCACUACAACGGCGAGGACCAUGACAAGCACCGGGUGGUGGACACGCAGAACCACGACGUGGCACGGCCGGAGGGGCACGACUAUGGUUUUGCCUGGGACCAGGCGCCGGACGGGCAGGGGAGGCUGCUCUGGUAUAUUGAUGGGCGGCCGGUCAUGAAGGCCGCCAUCCCGCAGGGUAUCCGCCGCAUUGCGGAUUUCCAGGUCAAGCUCAACAUCGCGAUGGGUGGUAAUGUCAUGCAGGGGCAGCGCCCGGAUAAUGGCGAGUAUGAGAUGGUGGUUCAUAAUAUGGGACUCUUCGACAGUCCACCUGGCGGCUGGGACGCGGUGGAGCGCGACUGGAGGAAUACUCCUGAAGGCCAUGGCUAUUAAGCGAAUGACGAUAAGUGCUGCAUGGAUCUACUGUCUAUAUAUUUGAUGAUCUAUCUUCCUGUAUGAGAUGUUUUGCAACAUCAAUAUCCUGGCAGGUGCAAACAAAUCCGGUAUGGUGUAUACACAG